GCUCCGCUGCAGCGAGGACGACUUGGGUGGAUUUCAUUGAUUUAAUAUAAUCUAUUAAUUGUUAUUUGAGUUGCGCAUUUUAAGGCAUAAUUUAAAACCUACUACUGGAAGCACCAAUAAAUGAAGAGGAACCACUAUCUGGCAGGGGGACGCAUUUCGACAUGACACCGGUCCCCAUGUGCUUUUAGAGUUUGUUGUUGUUCCCGACUAAUUAGCGGUUGUAUUUGUUUGCUUCUUGUUAACCUAUUUUUGUGCCAUUGCUUAUAAUGAGCUCGGACACAAAAGGAACACAGGAUGAAGACUGUCUGUUUCUUGAACAGGUCCUGGAUAAGCUUUAUGACUUAGGUGAUGCAUCCGCAUCAAGAAAGAAGCUAAAAUCUCAAAAGAGGAAAAAACGGCCAAGGUCUGAUGGAGAAGAGGACGGAGUUCCCACAGAUGGCGAUGUCUGCAGUGACACUAAAGACUGUAGAGCAGAUUAUGAUAGUGCACCAGAACACCAGCAGCAGCAGCAGCAACAACCAGAGCCAAGAGGUCCAACCCUGCCAGUGAACCAGGUGGAGGUUGUGAGGUUUCAGGACCCCAGGAAGAAACCGAAGACAAAGCAGACGCCAACUCUUGACAAAGUACCUGCCAUUCAGGUAACGGAGAAGAAGCAAAAUGACCGGUUGGACGAACCCAACUUGGAAAAGGCUCGUUUAGAGGUCCAUCGGUUUGGAAUCACGGGUUAUAAGAAGGAGGAGCAGCGUGUGUUUGAACAGGACAGAGCGAUCAUGCUGGGAGCCAAACCUCCUAAGAAGAGCUAUGUCAACUACAAGGUGCUGCAGGCGCAGAUUAAGGAGAAGAAGCGGAAAUCAAAGGAGGUUCACAUGGACUCGAAGAAGAAGAAGAAGACAGGGAACAGUGAAAGAGACAAGAAGAAGAAGGUGUCAUCGGGUUCUGGUUCAGCCCCGUCGGGUCACUUAGGCCACUUCAAAGGUGGCAUGCUGGUCCUCAGCUCCAAAGAGAUCCAAAUGAUCAAAGGCAACAAAUGAGGCAACUAGGCAAUCACUGCAGGACCUUUGGCACGAAAACAAAAGCAAGAGCACCAACUCCUUACUGGUGAAUCACAGGGCAGUGUUACUGGUGGCACCCCGCUGAAUGAAAUCCAUCAAGAAACUGAACUUCCACUUCAGGAUCUUGGUAAACAAAACCCAGAGACGCUGAGAUCUCAUACUUCAUCACAGUUUAUUUAUUUUCUUUUUAUAAAUUACCCAAAAAGACA